GAGCCGGGCUGUGUACCGCGCAUGCUCGCACCGCGGCGCCCCCGACUCGGCGCUCGGCUCGGCUCGGGCAUUUCCGCCUCUUUGUUUUAAACUCCGGACGGGUUUUUUUUUCUCCUCCUCUUGGGGGGGACCCCGAGGAGCGGCGCCCCUCCCGCUGCCGGCGAGGCCCCGCGUGCGCCCUGCUCGCCCCUGCCCGAACCUGCAGGCCUCACGAUGUAGCAGGAACUCCAGGCUCUCACUCACAGGUGCCCAUUUCUGUCUAGAAAAUGGAAAGAGACCAAGGACCUGGAGGAAGGUGCAGACACGAGCCGUUGCGCAGAGCGCGGAGGAGUGGCCAAGUCCCGGUGCUGGCCUAGGCUCCAUGCCCCGGCGGAAGAAAGGACGCACGGCGUCUCCAGGAGAAGCCAAAGAUGCUGACCAGAAAGAUUAAGCUCUGGGAUAUAAACGCCCACAUCACCUGCCGCCUGUGCAGUGGGUACCUCAUCGACGCAACUACAGUGACCGAGUGUCUGCACACGUUCUGCAGGAGCUGCCUGGUGAAGUACCUGGAGGAGAACAACACGUGCCCCACUUGCAGGAUUGUCAUCCACCAGAGCCACCCCCUGCAGUAUAUUGGCCACGACAGAACCAUGCAGGACAUUGUCUACAAGCUGGUGCCAGGCCUCCAAGAAGCGGAGAUGAGGAAGCAGAGAGAAUUUUACCACAAACUGGGCAUGGAAGUGCCAGGUGAUGCCAAGGGGGAGGCGUGUUCUGCCAAGCAGCAUUCAGACCCCCACCGCAAUGGUGAGACCAAAGCAGACGACAGUUCCAACAGAGAGACGGCAGAGGAGAAGCAGGAGGAAGACAAUGACUAUCACAGGAGCGACGAGCAGGUGAGCAUCUGCCUGGAGUGCAACAGCAGCAAACUGCGGGGCCUCAAGCGCAAGUGGAUCCGCUGCUCCGCCCAGGCCACCGUGCUGCACCUCAAGAAGUUCAUCGCCAAGAAGCUCAACUUGUCCUCCUUCAAUGAGCUGGACAUUUUAUGCAAUGAGGAGAUCCUGGGCAAGGACCACACACUCAAGUUCGUGGUUGUCACAAGGUGGAGAUUCAAGAAGGCGCCCCUGCUGCUGCACUACAGACCCAAGAUGGACCUGCUGUGAGCUCCCGGGCCCCUAGACCUGGCCUGUGCCCCAGGUGCUUCGCACAGACCGUACCACCUCUGUGAGAGUUGGCCUCCAUGUGUGGUGUGGACCUGAUUUCUGAAUAGAGAUUAUUUAUAACUUUUGUACAAGAGAAUUCACAUUCUUCAGGACACAACCAGCACUGCGCUCAUGAGCGUGAAAACACUUCACAGUUUCACGCGGCCCAGCCGCACCCAGCUUCACUUCUGGUGCCCGGGCUGGGGUCAUGGGGGCCGUGUGCUCCGAAGUCACCUCCCGGCACACAUCACCUUGGCCUGCUUUCUGGGUCAGUUCAGUUUAUAAAUUAGGUUCAUGGUAAGCCUCAAUGACACUUUCCUCGAAUCCUUGCUAAGUUAUUGGACAAAUUCCUUUUUUGGUGAAUUACAGUAUUUAUGUUGCCUUCAGCUUCCUGGAGACUUAGGCAGUGUUUAAAAGUUUGAUUUUGAAGCAAACCAAAAGAAGUUUCCAUUGAUCCGAUGCCAGCUGCUGCCCUGUCCCUCAGCAUCCAGUUAUGUGGGGUUCGAGGCCACUGGCCCCGCAAGUCACAGGGUGGGCUGGAGGCCGCAGGGCCCCAAGUCAUAGGGUGGGCUGGCUUCACUGUCCGAGGAGCCAGAGGCCACUGGGCUGGCUCUAUGCUGGCUUGCAGAACCAUUCUUGCUUUCACACACGACUUAGGAACUGGGGUGCCCCCUGCUUGGUCCUGUGGCUUAGCUUCCUACUUGUUCUUUCCCCAUCUUUGCUUGGCUGAAGAGAGAAGUGGGUUGAGUGGGUACACGCAGGGGCCCUUGGAUUCCUGUGGACAGGCGGGCAGUGGGAGCAACAGCCAAGCCACCUGCUGGUUGUAGGUCCUUUGUUACACAUCCUCGUUGUGCACACACACAUUGGUUCCUUGGACCAGGAGGG